AUGAGCGAAACAAGGAAUCCGCAUACGAAGCUGGUUGAAUCCACUGCCGUCUUUGACAAAGCCUUGGAAUCUUGGUCGAUAAUCGAUUUACCAGGGCUGCAAAAGCAACUUGACAAAUAUGCUCUUGAGUUCCAAGAUUAUCAGAAGCAAUCGUUAUUGGACAGAAAGCAUUUGGCAAGUAAGACAAAAAGUUUUAAAAAGCUUCCAUCUGAAGAGAAAGUUAAUGAGAUUAAACCUUUAUUGAAGAGUUAUCAAAAAGAGAUCGACGAUCUAGCUAAGAAGAAUAAGAAUGUUGACAAUGCUUUCUUCCAGUUUUACAGGGUAAUUGUCGAGGCUCCUGAUCCUAAAUCAUUACUUCAAAUGAGUCUUGAUGCAGUGAGUUCAAUGCCUGAAUUGGAGAAGGUUAAAGAAGAGAACAGACAGUUGGAGGAGAAAUUGUUAGGUUUUGCUGACUACGAACAGAUCAAGGCCAAUAAUGCCAAAUUGGAGGAGGAAUUGAUUAAGGCUGGAAUUUCCAAAGUUAAAGCUAAGGACGAUGAAUGGCAGGUAAUCCUUGAAGAGAAACAGAAAAAUUGGGACGAGGAGAAGAAGGAUUACCAGCGUAAUGUGGAUGUUUUAAAGAAGCAAAUCGAAGAUAUGAAGAUCAAUGAGGAAAUGAUGAAAUUGAAGAUUGAUAAUAAGAAUAAAGCAUUGAGAGAGCUUGAUGAGGAUUAUGAGGCUGGGGAAGAGGUGGAAAAUUGGAAGGAGAGUAAAUAUGUUGAAGUUGAAGACGGUAACGCUUCAACGUCGCUUUCUUCAUCUGCCAAUGUUCAACAGAGAGCCGCUAGUAAUAUAGAGAUUCAGAUCUUGAAUAGGGAUGUUGAAAGUUUGAAGCUAAGAAUUAUGGAACUUGAAAAGCGUAAUGAAGAACUCAGAAGAGAAGCUAGUCUUGCCAAAUCGGGUACCGCCAACGAGAAAACCAUUCAGGCUAUCAAAAAGCGGACUUCCGAGUUGGAGAGUGAAAAUUCGGUUCUUACAGCUCGGUUAGAGCAUGAGAGACAGGUUGUUGAUAGGCUUACAGCAAAUAUUACCGCCGUGAAUGAUACCAAUGAUAAGAAUGUUCAGAGACUAAUGACUGAGUUGGACUGGUUGAAGAACUACAAGAGCCAGACGAGAGAUUAUGACGAAAUUAAGAAGGAGCUUGAAGUUCUGAGACAGAUUGAGUUUGGCGAUGAGGAUGAUGUCAGACAGAAGGAGGAUCAGGAUCCUGCCUCGGUCACAUCAGAUGCAUCUUCUGGUGUUGAUUCAGCUAUUGUCCAAAGAAACAAAAAGCUCAAUAAAGAAGUGAUUGAGUAUAGGUCCGAAAAUGAGGACUUGCAUAAGAAGUAUGACGAAUUAAGCUCUCAAUUGAAAGAUUCCGUUGAUCAGUUGAAGGAAAGCAGGCAGAUUAACGAGAAAUUGGAGAAUGAUCUGGAGAAUUUGGACAGUUCUGCAUCUGCUGCAGGAAACAAGGACAGAUGGGAGACGAUGUCGAUGAUAUCCUCUAUAGCAUCUUCCCCUAUGGGUGAUAACGGGAAGAUAUCGCCGGCCACGUCUAUUGCAAGAGGACUUGGCGGCAAUGCAGGCGCAGGUAUAAUGGAUCCUAAUAGAUCGCUUCAAGAUUCAUCCAUAUUACCUAUCAUCACUCAACAACGUGAUAGAUUCAGGAUGAAGAACAAAGAAUUGGAGGAAGAAGCAAAGAAACAGUUUGGAAAGAUAGUGGACUUGAAACGGGAGGUGCGCACCCUCAAAUCGGAUAAUAAGGACUUGUAUGAGAGGAUUAGGUUUAUGGAGUAUCAUCAGGCUACGUUAAAGGGAGCUGAUCAAGUAGAUACAGGCAGCAUUGACGAUGUUGAGAAUAGGUACAAAGAGUCUUACGAGACACAGCUUCACCCAAUUGAAAAGUUCAGAAGGAUGGAAUCCAAAAGAAUCAGUUCUAGGCUGUCGCCUUUUGAAAGAGUGUUUAUACAGGUGACAAAACUGAUUCUGAGUACCAAAUAUACUCGUUGGUUAUUUGCGUUCUACUGUUUGGGAUUGCACUUUCUGGUGUUGAUUCUUACUGUAAGCUUGAUGGCGAAUACAACUAGCUCGAUGCUUCCGGCGAAGUCAAUUGUUUCCGGGAGUACUGGAGGUAUAGCGAAUGGAGUGGUAGACAGAAUAUCCGGUCGUUCAAAGCUUGAUUCAAAGCAACCAUGA